AUGGACUAUCCAAUCACUACACAGACAUCUUCUAUAGCUACAACGAUCGCGUGGGAUGCUUUGCAGGAAACACGAACUGCCAGUCGAGAAAUGGCGGAAAACGGGCUGUCUUCGUUGCUCUCUCAGUUGGUGGAUUACCAACAGGACACGCUGAGCCUUGCUAAACUUAUUUCAUCACCACAGGCACUAUUGCUUCUCGCUCUGGGGGCUGACGUGGAUUGCUUCAACGAGAAUGAGUGUUGUGGGGUAUGGAACGAAUUUGGAUACUGUAACUCGAAUCCAACAUACAUGACGGCAUCAUGCAAAGCCUCCUGUGGA